CAUUCAACUGCUCGGCCGGAGUGUUGUUCUCCUCCGGUGCGGCAGGUGGCAGCACGUCGACGUGGGCUGGUAAACAAGUAACCAACCACAAGAGGCGACCAAGUAGCUCACGUUAACAGGCUGAGGAAGGUUAUUCCAUAGCCAGUGGGUGGAGCACCAACAUGCAGAAUUUGGUGGUGCAGUCACUUGCCAUGAGGCAGCUUGGGAGGCUGAACCCCCGCCACCUGCUGGCUGCAGGAUACGGACUGAGGCAGGCUGACUGGUGUCCCAGGAGCAUCCACACUCGCCAGCUGUGGGGCUGCUCGGCACUCCCCACACUUGGCUGCCACAGGCCGGCUUCCCACGGCAGAGACUCUCUGAGGAGUUGGUCCGUUCAUCAUCUAAGGUUCAAAAGCAACAAGAAGAAAGCUGCUGCUAGGACUGCACAGGAGGAGGAGGAGGAGGAAGAAGAUAAGAAAGACCCAGAGGAUAGUGAUUAUGAAGACGAGUUGGACGAGGACCCGAAUCAACCGAAGGAUUAUAAAGACAUGGAAACAUUCGUGCAGUCUUUCCGGUUCAAUAUCAUCAUGAAAGCUGGUCUGAACAUGUCACAAAAAAAUAUUGAAGAUGCCUUCUACAGCAACAAACUCAGGCUUAACGGCCAGACACUCAUCAAGAAAAGUAAAACGGUGAAAGUCGGGGACACGUUGGACAUGGUGCUGUCGGAGAACCAAGAAGAAAACACUGUUACGGUGAUGAGAGUCAUCAUCAGGAGAGUUUUGGGUGAAUCCAGUAAAACAGAAAGGCACAAAGUUGCCAUCAGGCGCUGGAAGUCGAUAGAGCUUUCCAAGGACGAUGCUUUGAAGCCAAGAACUUGAAUAGUACAUAGUACUUGACAGUACACACUGUAACGCCAUUGGACAGAGAAGGCAACAACACUGAAAUGGUGUGACUGACAAUUAGAACUGUCUCUACGAGUUGGAUCCACAAUCUAUUACAAAGGUAUAACGCAAUGAUAAACAGUUCUCAGUGGUUUUAGACAUUCAGCAGUUGGUCUGGAGAAAGAUUUUGAUUGUUUACCUUUCCGCUCCGUAUUGUGUGCCCCCCCAACAAAAUAAAUGUGCACUUAUUAACCUGAAAGAAAAUUUCAUGUGCUCUUC